GCGACCAGCCCGAGGCCAACCCCGCCUCCAUGUUUUGUCUCUAGGCUUCUCGGAGAUUUAAAGCGCCGCCAUCACCACAUGCUUUGUCCCCGAGGAUGCUGCCCCGGGAAGCACCAGGCCUGCAAGCGUGUCUGCGCUCUGGCAAAGCACCGCCCACAGAGGCGCCGUGGGGCCGUGUGGGAAGCAGAGGGAAAUAUGGCGGAUGGGAGAAGAAAAGAAGGAGGCUAGAGGAGCUGCUGGCGGAUGGGUUAGUGCGGGGCUGCGGAAUGGCUGUUGAUGUUGGGUGUGGGGACACUGGAGACUGGGAUGGUCGCUGGAACCAUGUAAAGAAGUUCCUCGAGCGAUCUGGACCAUUCACACAUCCUGAUUUCGAGCCAGGCACUCAAGCUCUUGACUUUUUGUUAAGCACAUGUAAAGUACUGGUUAUUGGAGCAGGAGGAUUAGGAUGUGAACUCCUGAAAAACCUGGCCCUGUCUGGGUUUAGACAGAUCCAUGUUAUUGACAUGGAUACUAUAGAUGUUUCUAAUCUUAACCGACAGUUUCUGUUUCGACCGAAGGAUGUUGGGAGACCAAAAGCAGAAGUUGCAGCAGAAUUCCUGAACAGCCGCAUUCCCAACUGUGCUGUUGUAGCAUAUUUUAAAAAGAUUCAAGACAUGGAUGAAAGCUUCUAUCGACAAUUUCAUAUUAUUGUUUGUGGGCUGGACUCGGUAAUUGCAAGAAGAUGGAUAAAUGGGAUGCUGAUGUCAUUUCUACAUUAUGAAGAUGGUGUACUGGAUCCAAGUUCCAUCAUACCUUUAAUAGACGGAGGAACAGAAGGUUUUAAAGGAAACGUUCGUGUGAUUAUUCCUGGUAUGACAGCAUGUGUUGAGUGCACGCUUGAGCUUUAUCCACCACAGGUCAAUUUUCCCAUGUGUACUAUUGCAUCUAUGCCCAGACUGCCAGAACAUUGUAUUGAGUACGUCAGGAUAUUGCAGUGGCCAAAAGAGCAACCUUUUGGAGAAGGUGUUGCAUUGGAUGGAGAUGACCCUGAACAUAUACAGUGGAUUUACCAGAAGUCUUUAGAAAGAGCAUCACAAUUUAAUAUCAAAGGUGUUACAUACAGACUCACCCAAGGGGUGGUUAAACGAAUUAUUCCAGCAGUAGCUUCUACAAAUGCAGCAAUUGCAGCCGUUUGUGCCACUGAAGUUUUUAAAAUAGCCACAAGUGCAUACAUUCCCCUUAACAACUACUUGGUGUUUAAUGAUGUGGAUGGAUUGUACACGUACACGUUUGAAGCUGAAAGAAAGGAGAACUGUCCAGCCUGCAGCCAGCUUCCUCAAAACAUCGAGAUUUCCCCAUCAGCUAAAUUGCAGGAGAUCUUGGAUUACUUGACAAAUAAUGCUUCAUUGCAAAUGAAAUCUCCUGCAAUCACAGCAACUAUGUAUGGGGGAAAUAAAACACUUUAUUUACAGACAGUUGCUUCAAUUGAAGAACGAACAAGGCCAAAUCUUUCCAAGACACUAAAAGAACUGGGGCUUGUGGAUGGCCAGGAACUUGCAGUUGCUGAUGUUACUACACCACAGACUAUGCUGUUCAAGCUUCACUUCACCACUUAAAUUAUUCAUAACUAGGCUGCAUAUACAGUGACAGAAAUCUGUACCCACCUUGUAAAACAAACGUGCUCUGUGGGCGUUAAAACAGCCCGAAAUGUUCAUGUUAGUACUAGAGUUGUUGAAGGUUAGGUAAUACAAAUGAAUCACCAUAUUUCAGAAUUGUACUUAAAAGCCAAUAUUUGGUGGAUUAUAUUUGUAUAAAUGCUUCUUAAUGUACAGAACUCGGAUGUAGAGGAAUAUACUUUUUCCAGGUUUUGUUGUCAAAAUGUUAAUGCUGAUAUACUUUCAGAAACAUGGAAAUUUUAAGGUGGCCAAAAGUCUUGCUUUCAAUGCGUGUGCACGCGUAUAUGCAAAGAGAAGACCCUUCAAAAUGAACCACAGUGAUGUGGUUUAAAUUCUCGCAUUUCUGUAUAUUUGAUGAAUCACCUCAAAGCCAAAAGAGGGUAGUAGAUUAAAAUGAGCAUUUUCCUCUUGGUAUUCAUUUGAUCAGUUUUAUGAAAAGUGUUAAAUAUGGAAGAGAUUACUUUGUUAACAAGCAAACACAAAACAACACGGACACGUUUUGUCACAGUCCCCAAGCUGGGGUUGUGCAAGGUAUUGCAGGAUUAUGUUCUGGUAUCAUUGGUGCUGUUAAAGUAUUUAUUAAUAAAAAAUCAUAAAGACACCUUAA